UAGCUGACAGUGGUGUGUGUGGUAGUCUGGUUGUUGUCGUUUACUCGUUUGUUAUUCAUUCAAUACUUUGUAGUUGUGUGAAGGUUAUGUCUCAUUUCUUAUUUUAAUAUAGCCUAGGUGUUACUUAUUUUGAUUUUGUUUAUGAUAACGUUUUAUGGGGACAAAUUCAAAUAAUAAGCAAAUAUUUGAAUAAUUUAUUUGCAGAUUGUGUAAAACAUUGAAAUAUGACUACAGCUGCUAGGCCUACGUUUGAACCUGCCAGAGGUGGUCAAGGAAGAGGAGAGAAAGAUUUAAGUGCUAUAUCAAAGCAGUAUUCUAGUAGAGAUUUACCAGGACACACUAAACUCAAAUUCAGAGAACAUGGACAAGGAACGACUGAGGAACUCCGUAGCCGUGACUUUAGAAAGGAACUUGAUGAUCGUGAGAGGGAAAAGGAUAAAGGUGGAAGACGAGUUCCAGAUAUAAGAGAUAAUAAACGCCUGAAGCUGGAUCAGGUGCCCGCUGCGAGUCUGGACGCUGACGACCCACUGAACGAGGAUGACUCAGAUGAUCCAGACAGUGAGGACGACACAGCCCAGCUAUUGGCCGAGUUGUCGCGUAUCAAGAAGGAGCGAGCUGCUGAUCAGGCACGGAAAGAAACAGAAAAGAGGCAAGAAGAGGAAAGGAUCCGAAUGGAAAACAUCUUGAGUGGAAAUCCCUUGUUGAACUACUCUGGACAAGCAGCCAAAGCUGAUCUAAAGGUGAAGAGGAGGUGGGACGACGACGUUGUGUUCAAAAAUUGUGCACGCUCUGAGCCAGAGAAGAAUAAAAAUACUUUUAUAAAUGACUCACUCCGAUCGGAAUUCCAUAGAAAAUUUAUGGAAAAGUAUGUAAAGUAAGGUGUAUAAAACUAUGUUCACCACUUUGAUUGUGAAUUCCCCUAUAUUGUAAAAUAGUUAAGUUCAUCGUUUCCACAUAACAAUUACGCUCUAUUUAUUUUAUAUGGUGUAUUUUGCUAAUUAUGUAAUGUAAUAAAUUUAAUGAUAUUCAGA